AGUUAUGUCUGACGAAGUGCACGACGAAGGAGCUGUUGGGGCGCACGAUGAAGGUGCCGAGUCUGAGACAGAGGAGGCGGAUAAGAACUACAAGGUGCCGGAGAAGAAGUCUGCUAAGGAGAUCCUCCAAGCUGACCAGGACGACCCCUCUCUGGACAAUUACAAAAAGCAGUUGUUAGGAGGAGCUGCUCACGUCACAGGAGAGCCUACAAAAGUGGUGUUGAAAAAGCUGUCCUUCAUUUCCCUAGAUGACGAUAAGCGCAUAGAAUUAGAUCCAGUGAUGAUCAUGAAUGGUGAGAAAGUGCCUUCCUUCCGCAUCAAAGAGGGUGUGAAGUACAAAAUUGAAUGCCAGUUUAUUGUUGAGAAUGACAUUGUGACUGGGUUGAACUACUUCCACAACGUGAAGAGGAAAGGAGUUCCAUUUGGCGUGAAAGAGAGGCACAUGAUGGGUAGUUUUGGACCAAACGCGACUGAAGUCAAGACACAAACAAUCUACGAAAACGAAAUGCCUAAAGGUAUGGUUGCGAGAGGCCACUACUCUGUGUCGAGUCAGUUCGCAGACGACGACAAGAAUGUUUAUCUUAAGUGGGACUGGUCUUUCGACCUCUCCAAGGGCUGGGAUUCUGACAAGGAGUAGAAGGCGACUGUUCGACUAUGUUGAUCCAAUAAGACCAAUUUUACAGCUGCCUUACAAUUCAAUUCAUGCCAUGUGUCUGCUAAGUCUAAAAUAACACAUUCUUGAGACUAGUCCAGGGAUUUAGGUUCUUUGGUAAUACUCGUCUAAAUUAGUCGUGUUUGGCUGCAUAAAUGCCU